AUGAUCAUGGGAGGAUCCCAAUACUGCAAGGACUCAGUCUCGGCCAUCAAAGCCUACCAACGGAAAGUUGAGUCAACUGCGAAGUAUCCCCCACGGUCUCCUCCUCGAGACGGACAGAACGCCUCGAUCACGUUGACGGAAGAAGAGGCUUGCGGAAUCGACCAGCCUCAUUGCGACCCCUUGGUCAUUGAUCUCGUAAUAAGAGACCUCGAAGUUGCAAGAAUACUCAUCGACACCAGAAGCACGGUAAACCUAAUCUUCCGCGAUACCCUAAGAAGGAUGGGCGUCGAGCUCGGAGAAGUCACCCCGGUACCAAACCCGCUCACGGGUUUCUCCGGACAAACGUCCAUGACCCUGGGAUCCAUUCAACUACCCGUCAUAGCGAAAAACGUCACCAAGAUAGUUGAUUUUGCGGUGGUAGAUAACCCGGCUAUUUACAACGCGAUCAUGAGAACUCCAUGGCUAAACGCCAAGAAGGCCGUUCUCUCGACUUAUCACUUGGGCGUCAAAUUUCCAACCAGGACUGGAAUCGCCGCAAUCUGGGGUUGUCAAAAACAGUCGCGACUUUGCUUCCUAGCGGAACAUAAGUUAAGACAGAUCACGACAACCUCCACGGUUAAACGCAAGCGAACUCAGCCUUCCGCCGAAGAUGCCCCGACAAAGGACGCAGCGACAUCUCCCGCGGAAGCAGAUUCGGAGAUCAGAACCAUCCCCGAUUCCGAAGACAACGUCACAACUCAGCGGAAAGAGAAAAAUCCCGAGGUAAACGUCGACCCUGCGACUAAAGCGGUCAACGAAAAACCAACCGACGAGUAA